AUGGCCUCUCCCCACACCCACAAGAGAAGAACAUUACUGAUACGGCUAUCGGUGGCCAUCGCCGCCGUCCUAGCGCUAGCGCUGCUCAUCCUCAUCCUCGCCCUCACUGUCUUCAAGGCCAGGCAUCCGGUCAUCUCCGUUAACUCCAUCGCCGUCUCCGACCUCAAUUUCGCCGUCGACGUCGCCAGGCUCCGCCUCCACUUCAACGUCAGCCUCGACACCAACAUCACCGUGCGCAACCCUAACCGCGUCGGAUUCAAGUACGCCAACAGCAGCGCGCUCCUCCGCUUCCGAGGAGACGACGUCGGGGAGGUGCCGAUCCCCGCCGGCGAGAUCGGCGCGCGCGACACCAGGAAUCUGGACCUGACGCUGGCGCUGAUGACGGAUCGGCUCAUCUUCGACUCCGAUUUCUACAGGGAGGCGAUCACCGGCACGCUGCAUUUCGAGACGUUCAUCAGAAUGGCGGGUAAAGUGAGGGUGGUUUUCGAUUUUCACGUGGUGUCCUACACUAGCUGUGAUCUGGAAAUUCAUCUCUCCACACGGAUGGUUUUCAACCAGACCUGUCGUUAUAAGGUUAAACUUUAA